AUGGGAACUAUAAUAGCCUUAUUAGCGACUUCCUUUGUUCUGUUUCUCGCUUCAAUGUUGUGGAGGAUACUUAAUUGGCUAUGGUUUACGCCUAAGAAGCUAGAAAAACUAUUACGGAAGCAAGGGUUUUCCGGUAAUAGCUACCGUAUGUUGUUUGGGGACAUGAAGGAGUUUUCGAAGAUGUCGAAGGAAGCGAUGUCGAGUCCAAUCGAGAUCUCGGAUGAUAUCGUGCCUCGUGUUCAGCCCUUCACUCGUCAAAUUGUCAAUAACUUUGGUAAGAAUUCUUUUAUAUGGUUUGGCCCAAUACCAUGCAUCAAUAUAAUGGAACCUCAGAUGAUAAAAGAAAUAUUGAUGAAGUAUGAGGAUUUUCAGAAGCCGAAUUCGAACCCGCUUGCCAAAAUGCUUGUCAAAGGGCUUGUUGCCUAUGAGGGUCAGAAAUGGGCUAAACACAGAAAAAUCAUCAACCCUGCAUUUCAUAUGGAGAAGCUUAAGGGUCUUCAUGGAGAAUUCUAUGUGAGUUGUGAUGAAAUGAUCAGUAAAUGGGAUCAAAUAAUGUCGGAAAGUGGAUCGUGUGAGCUUGAUGUUUGGCCGUGCCUUGAUAACUUGUCCGGUGAUGUUAUCUCAAGGGGAGCAUUUGGCAGCAGCUAUGAAGAAGGGAAAAAGAUAUUUAAACUUCAGAAAGAGCAAAUUGCAAUUGCCAUGAAAUUGCUUCAACAAGUCUACAUUCCUGGACUUAGGUUUUUGCCAACUAAGACAAACAAAAGGAUGAAGGAAAUCAACAAUGAAAUGCGAGUUUUGAUGAACAACAUCAUCACCAAAAGAGAGAACCAAAUGAAGAUGGGGGAAGCUUGUAACGACGACUUAUUGGGUAUUCUAUUGGAAUCGAGUUUGAAGGAAGUUCAAGAACACGGGAACAAGAAGAAUGCUGGACUCACCAUUGAAGAGGUAGUGGAAGAGUGCAAGGUGUUUUACCUUGCAGGGAGAGAUACCACUUCCGUCUUGCUUGUGUGGUUGAUGGUGAUGUUGGGCAAGCAUUUGGAUUGGCAGAUUCGUGCGAGGGAGGAGGUUCUGCGUGUUUUUGGUCAAAACAAACCAGAUUUCAAUGGCUUAAAUAACUUGAAAGUUGUGACAAUGAUACUUAACGAGGUUCUAAGAUUAUACCCACCGGUUAUCCUUAUGUACCGUAUGAUCCACAAACCAACACAAGUUGGUGACAUCUUGCUGCCUCCAGGAGUGCAAAUCUCAGUACCGACAAUGCUAGUUCACAAUGACCCCCAACUUUGGGGGGAGGAUGCUGCUGAAUUCAACCCUGAGAGAUUUUCCGAAGGUGUAGCUAAGGCAACUAACGGCCAAGUUUCCUACAUCCCUUUCGGCUGGGGUCCACGAAUCUGUGUUGGGCAAAACUUUGCGAUGCUUGAAGUGAAGAUGGCUUUGGCAAUGAUAUUACAACGCUACUCAUUUGAACUGUCACCAUCUUAUUCUCAUGCACCGUUCCUGGUCACAAGCCUUCAGCCCCAACAUGGAGUUCCCAUGAUCUUGCGACGAAUUUAGAGCAGAUCAAGGAAUAAUGUCCACACAAUGUGGUACAUGGUGUACUUACUACUACGCAAUUCAAAAAUUAAUGCUAAACGUGUGUUUA